UCCGCGGAUGCUGCAGUAAAGUUGGUCGCGCAUGCGCACUCUCGGUCCUCUUUUUCUCGGAAGCGCCUCAGACUCAUCGCACCAUGGCAGAUCCCGAUCUUGACUUCACGACUGGUGAGUCUGGCGCCUCCGCCACUUACCCGAUGCAGUGCUCUGCUCUGCGCAAGAACGGCUAUGUGGUGCUGAAGGGACGUCCCUGCAAAAUUGUGGAGAUGUCUACCUCCAAGACUGGCAAGCACGGACACGCCAAGGUUAACAUGGUUGGUAUCGACAUCUUCACCAACAAGAAGUAUGAAGAUAUGUGCCCCUCCACCCACAACAUGGAUGUUCCCUCCAUCAAGAGGACAGACUAUCAGCUGGUUAACAUCAAUGAAAACUACAUGUCCUUGAUGAGCGACAACGGCGACAUCAGAGAGGACCUGCGUGUCCCCGAAAGCGAAGUCGGCAAGGAAAUUGAGGCAAAGUUUGACGGGGGUGAAGAAUUCAUGGUCACCGUGAUUUCUGCCAUGGGGGAGGAAUGUGCUGUCGCUACCAAGGUCUUGGCCAGCAAAUAGGGAGAUGGACUUUGCUGCCCAGGCAACAAGCACCACCCACAACCAGUCUCUUGCAUUCUCAUUGGUUCUGUCACCAAAGCGUCGGCAUUCACAGACAACCUCAAUCAUUCUGUUGUGAUUUCUCAUCAAUACCCCCCUCCCUCCCCCCCUCCUUCCCACCCCCCUUUUUGUUUUUGUUUCUCUUUUCCAUAACUGUUGGGAAUGUUCCACUGCAGCUUGCUGCGUGGUCCUCUGCCUGAUCACAAUCUACUUUAUAUAAAAACAACUUCAAAAAUAA